AUGGAUGAUCAAAAUGAUAAAAUAAUAAUUGACGAAGAUUUCGAGGAUACAGAAAAAAAUGACCUGGAUUCAUACAGAAUUCCCACAAGAAGAACAGAAAAAGAUAACGAAAAUGAGCCUUUAUUGCAUAAAAAACGGACAAAUUCUAGCUCAAAAACUUGUUUCAGGUCAAUGGGUUCUGCGGAUGGGAAUAAUGGAAGUAGAUCAGUUUUCAACUAUUUACCUGUGAUUUUUGCGUUAUUUGUGUUUUCAGUGAUUUACGGUUCAUUUUUUGUAUAUAAUUUGAAACCUGCAAUAAAUCAGGAUCUGGCUCAUUAUGGUGUGCUGAGUGAUAGAAUUAUUUGUCACACACUUUUCAUACAUCUUUUCCUAUUCCUCCAACUAGUAAGCUAUGUAUUAUGUAUGUAUAAAAACCCCGGGAAUAUCCCGGACACGUUGGAAUGGAACCUAAAUAACAAGGACGUCAACACUACUUCCGUUGUGUAUGAAACCAAAAGAUCGGGAGCUAGGAGGUUUUGUAAGUGGUGUUCAAAAUUCAAGCCUGACAGAACUCAUCACUGCAAAAAUUGCGGAACAUGUGUUCUUAAGAUGGACCAUCAUUGUCCAUGGGCCAACAACUGUAUAGGAUGGAGGAACUACAAAUAUUUUUAUUUGACAACUUUAUAUUCUGACGUUAUUUCAAUAUAUAUCGCAAUUCUCCUCUUUCCUACGGUCAGACAAUUCUUGAAUAACCCUCUGACUUCCUUUGGAGAUUUGGUUGUGAUAAUAGUCGCUGAGGUGUUGGGCGUCGUCCUCGGUCUUGUUUUGACUUGUUUCCUUCUUUUCCACACCUGGCUCAUUUGCGAGAAUUUCACAACUAUAGAAUUUUGUGAGAAGUAUUCGGGUUCAAAACACAAUAUGGACGAGUCGAUUUGGUCAUUAGGACUAUAUAAUAAUCUCAAGUCGGUUCUGGGCAACAACCCCUUGUUGUGGCUAAUUCCUUACGACAAUCGGAAAGAGAAAGGAAUCGAGUUUAAAAGGGGAGAGAGGAGUCUAGAAUCCCUAGACGACAUCGACCAGCCGAUAAUGGAGGUGAAUUCUGAAUUCUUGAGGAUGACCAAGGAUACUAAGCAAUUUGACCCUGAGAUUGGAGAAGAUAGUCCAUAG